AUGGACGCGUCGGCAACCGACAUCCGUCGCCCGAGUAUCGAGAAGAUGCCCAUUUCUCCAACUCCGCCUUUCGAUAACCUGCCCGACGAGAUCAUCGAACAGAUACUUCGACUCGCCGAUCCCAACGGUUUCGCGUCCCUUAUACUCCUCAACCGCAAAUGGAGAGCCGUUUCUCAACGCGCUCAUCUCUAUCGUGACCAGUUAUCGGCAUGUCCUUCAUACUCAGCCAGCCACCCCACCAUUCCUCCUUUCGACGAUGACAAACUUCCUGAGUUGCGGCGGCUUUUCGCCCGCGAGGUUAAAAGAAACUUAUUCGAAGCAUACCUAAGACCCAAGGAAACAACUUUCAAGCUUAUCUCUACGUCCAUCAGUUCUUCGUCAUGCCCCGGAGGCGAGGGUAUGCAGUACAGCACAUCUCCGAAGGGGCACCAUCUCCUAGCCUACAACUCGGGUAGGAUUUAUGUGAUUGAUCUGAGAGGAAAUGCUCUCGAAGUGAAGAGGGAAUUUAAAAUCCUUCGUCGGCCUGUUGCAGCUUGCAUCAACGACAAAGGCACUCUAUUAGCUGUUUUAUCUACUGAGAUGCAGGUUGACCUCUAUGACUUAUUGCAAAAUCCACCAAAAAGAGCACAGUCUAUAAUUCUUGAUAACACUCCUCGAACGAUUGCACUUUCCCCAUGCGGGUCGGUUUUGGCGGCGGCAUAUGAAGGAGGCAUUGAGGUAUCGUCCUUGCGACCAGAUGCCUUGGCUACCGACCGGAGAGCUGUCAAAUGCGAUGCCGUCGACGCCCUAUCUUUUUCAUUUGACGGAACUCAAAUUCUUGGAACUACGAUGCAUUCCUCGCCACCCAGCACUGUCAUCAUUACAGCGCCGUACUACGACCCCGGCCCUCACAUGUCCGAAGACAACUUGAGCCCUCUAUGGACGACAUCGAUUCUGUUUCCCAACACCAGCCGAGACUGCAGCCAUGCUGUUCUGCUUCAGGACGGACACGAAGAGGAAGCGAGUUGGACUUUCACCUACGAUCGAAGUUUUGAGACAUUCCGCGCCGUUCGAAUCGAUGAUCUUAGAAAUGGGACGACAUACUUUACAGGACCUGUACCGAGUGCAUCUUCGCAAGCCAGCCUUAUCCCAUCAACGCUUCCUGCUACGACAUAUCGAGGUGAAUUAGUGUCAGCCGGGUUCCAAGGGAAGGAGGUCUGGAUUUAUGGCGUGCCCGAGGAUUUGGAUGCGGUACCAGACAGCUCGUCGUUGUCAAAUGAUGGUUCAUCAUCUGGCCUUGGACGACAAAACAGCGAUCGCAGUGCUACAUCGCGACGGGCGUCUACUCGAGCUAGAGAUACCGAAGGUGGUCGGGUGCCGAAAUGGCAGAUCUUGUGCGACAAGCUAAGGAACACCUUCAUUUCCGGCUUCAAAGUUGCUGAGCUUGCAGAUGUCAAGACAGUGAAAUGGGUUGCAGAUUACGGUAACUCUUCGGUCCAAGAACGACUGGUGAUCACCGCAAGAGGGGUUGGCGCACCACGAUUGGUUACCGAGGAGGAAGAUAUGGAUUUUGUAGACGGUGGUCGUGUUACACUCUUGGACUUUGACUACGGCAUUGUCAACGGAACCAAGUCGGAGGUGACUAUCGAAGUUGGCACCGAUCACCCCGAGAUAUUGGAAGAAGAGCAACGUGAUCUUGCGACCGAAGUCGCCAUUGUUCGACGGAGGACCGUUGCUCAAAGACGAGGUGGUCGUGGUGGGUCUUCUUUACUUCGAGCUGCUACAUCUGCUUCACGACCUCGUGCCACUCUUAAAGUUCCGGAGGUAUCGAGUGUUGCACGAGUAACACAGAGCGAGCACAACGACGACGACGAUGAUGACCCUUUACUUCCUCGAAGAAUUGGCCGGCUUCCCCCAACUCAAUCCACAGCGCGGCGGGAUGUCGAGCCUGAUAGUCCUGAUGAUGAAGAUGUACUAUCGAUAGAGCAAAUGGAGGCAUUGGAUGCUCCAUAUGCACAUGCCAGUCCUCGUUCACAGACAACGCUUCGUCGUGCUGCGACUGCUGCCGCCGUAGACAGAUCCCUCCAUCCUCGGACGGCAGAUGGGCGGCGCAUCGAAUAUCGUCGUGCUGAUGGUCGAAGAGAACAUCCUCACGAGAGUGAUGCCGAUAACUGGGUACCUCCUCCACCCCCUUACCAGAAGGAUGAUCCGGGUCCAGAUCUGCCAGCCUUUAUGCGUGGUCCAUCUGUUGCACCAAUCGCACUCGGGGGCGCAUCUUCUCCGGCCCCUGUUCCUAUACCUCCUGUGCCGGCUCUACCACCUCAUAUAGCAACUGGCUCUAGCUCCGCUCAAUUUGCCGACUCGAAGGGCGAGAACCAUACGAACACUACGUCUCAGAGGCCGCUAGUUCAGCAUACAGUGAGCGAUUCGAAUGCGCUGAGUCGACCUCUGGGCGUCGAUAGUACCCAAACGAGCGUGAACCCACCGGCAACACAAGAUGAGGAUGUUGAUCUCUACGACGCAACUCCCCCUGGUUCCCCGCGACAGACGGCGGCCCAGCCUACAGUAGAGACUUCUGAGGCGAGAGCACGACAGGCUUCAGUUUCAUCAGCUGUCUCUGCCAUAACAUCUACAUCCAGGGCUGCUCCUGCCAACACCACAAAUGAAGAUCCUUCGCCAUCGCCACUGCACACGCCACUACAUACCGAUAUUUCAGCUCAUGACCACUUUGGUCCAGGUCCUCGAUUGCCAGCAGUCAACGUGGAGCCUGCGCUAUCGGCUGCAUCUGUGGCCCAGCCUGAGCCAGACUUAGCGCCCAGGGUCAGGCGCUUAUCAAACGCUCAGACUUGGCCCCGGGUUACAGGCCCUGGGCCUGAUCAGAUCACUAACCCAGCAGAUGAGUUUCCGUUCCCGAUGUCUGCACCUGCCGAACCACCUACGGAUGAGUCGAUGUCGGGUCUGCCCCCUCUGCCUAGUUCGAGUCAACUUGCAAGCUUGAGCAAAAGAGUCAGUCAGGGUAACCCCAGACGCUUCUCCGGGGGAUUCCAGGUCCCAAGACGACCUGUCGGAAGUUUCGAUGGUAGUGCAUAUAUAUCGAACUCCAUGCCUGACUCCCUGUCAGCACGCUCAUCAAAUCCUAGUCAUCUUGAGCCCGAUCAACCUCUUAUUAUUAGUACUCCUAGAGGUGUAUCAGGAGCAUUUGACUCGCCAAGCCGUCAAACAUCUGGGCGGAGGAAUGAACCUCCUUUAUUGGCCCCGAUUCCUCGACAUCCACGUCCGGUCCCUGGGUCUAACCAGCGGCCGACUGUGGAGCGUCUCGAGACGAUCUACAGUAUUGCCUCUUCCCACGGAGGCAACCCACCGGUACUUCCACUGCCCAAUGCCAAUGGGCAAGUACCUGCCUGGCUGAAUGCUCCUCCGGUACCUGUGACAAGAACUUCACCGACAGUGAACCGCCGGCCAAGCCGCGCUGAACGAAGUGCCGCUAAGAACAUCAAGGAUGCUAAGAAACGCGGCUGGUCAGCCAAGCCCAAGAAAAAGAAAAAGAAGGGAACAGAUGCUGCGAGCAGUGCCGGCUGGACAGACAUAUCAACCGGCUCUGGAGAAAAGGAAAAGGACAAAGACAAGGAAAGGAAAUGCAUCGUCAUGUAA